GGACAUUGAAGUCGCGUGUGCACACUUCAAGGUGUGCGUUACUUGGCAACAAACAUGUAUGGGUUGCCAGUUGUUUUUCUGCUUCUCUCCUUCCUAUUGGGAGGGUUGCACUGCUUAGAUAUCCCUCCUAAAGAAGCAGUUAAUGCGGUUUCUACGUCAACAGAGCAAGUACAAUCAUCCAAAGAAUCUAAUUCAUUAUGGGCCUCAUUCUUUUCUGGGUUUUCAUCGUCGCUGUACGUUAUAAUUAUCUCAGAACUGGGAGACAAGACAUUUUUCAUUGCCGCUAUUAUGUCCAUGCAACAUCCACGUGCUUUAGUCUAUGGUGGCGCUAUGCUAGCCCUAAUAACGAUGACAAUACUUUCGGCGCUUCUUGGCUAUGCCACUACUAUUGUACCUCGUUUCGUUACAUUUUACGCAUCCGGCGUAUUAUUUCUGCUAUUUGGCCUCAAAAUGCUAUAUGAAGCAUAUACUAUGUCUUCCACUGCAGCCAAGGAGGAGUUUGACGAAGUUCAAAUUCAGCUUACACAAUCUAAAGGCGCUGACCUAGAAGCAGGGAACGCACCUCAAGAUGUUCAUCGGGGUGUCUAUUCAAAACUGUGCACUGCCACCAAACAAAUAUUAACUCCAGUAUUUGUCGAGGCCUUUAUCCUUACAUUUUUGGCGGAAUGGGGUGAUAGAUCCCAAAUAACUACGAUUGUUCUUGCAGCUACAAAGAGCGCUUUGGGUGUAAUCGUUGGUGGAAUUCUUGGGCAUUCUUUAUGUACAGGUUUUGCCGUUCUUAUGGGUCGUUUUGUUGCUCAACGUAUUCCUGUACAAUGGAUUACAUUUAUCGGGGGUGUAACAUUUAUAAUAUUUGCUUUCAGUGUAUUCUUUGGUAAUCCAGAAUCAAAUUCUUGAUUUGACCGUUCCCUCUCCUCCCGGUUUUCUAUUGGUUAGUUGUUCAUACAUAUAUUCCUGUUUAUUUUAUGUAAUUAUUAUUAUAAUAGCAUACAUAGAUACAGGUAUUUGUAUAUUUCAGUUACAGAACAUCAUUCGUAUAUUAAUUUACACAAAAUAUAUAAUUUCUUUUCCACUAGUGAGCACAUUUUCAAAUGCUAUCUAUGUCCUGCUUUCCUUCUCUUAAAGAUUAACUUGAUUAUUAUUAAUUUUAUUAUUAUAAUUAUUAUUUAAGACAGACUUAUUUUACGUCUUGUUGUAUCUCUGCUCUACUUUUUUUUUACUGUACUAAUUUAUUUAUUUAUUUAUCUAUUUUUGAUUUCUAUUUCUCUGUGAUGUGAAGUGUUUGUUGUAUACACAUAUACACAGAGGUAGACAGAUGAAUUGUGAUCAUGUCCGAUGAGUACAACUUUUGUUUGUUGCUUCUCAUCAUUAUCACCGUCAUCAUCAUCACCACCACAUUCCCACCCUAUUUUUGUUUUUGUCUUAAACAAACAAGUCUAGUCUUGAACAAUUGAACAAUAUUGUCUAUAUUUUCUACUUUAAACUCUCAUCAUUUGUUUAUUUUGGUUGUAUAUAACAACAUAUCUAACGUCGUCAUACUGUGUAUAUGAGUACUAUCUAUACGGUUAAUUGUUUCGAUAUAUAUAUAUAUAUAUAUAUAUAUAUAUAUAUAUAUAUAUAUGUA